AAGAUUUGUAACUUCGACGAUUAGACACUUCCAAUGUCGAAGGCUACUUCUUAUAUUGCUCUCUUUGCUCUCACUUAUCUUCUUGCACAUGCAUUAUUGGCUACGGUGGCGCUUGAGAAUCGAGAAUGUGUACAAGGCAUGGGUUGCACAAACGUUUGUUCACACGGUGGUAUUUGCAGUAAAAGCGGUAAAUGUGUUUGUUUGUUGCCAAACGCAGUGAUUAAUAGCGGACCGCCAUGCUCGUCGGAUGAAGUGUGCGUUAGUAUGUGUGGAAAUGGUAGUUAUUGUAUCUAUGAAAUUGGACAAUGUAACUGCAAAUGAUAUCUUAUGAAGUUUAUUUUGUUCUUCGAUGAAUUGAAUAGAUGUAAUUUAAUUGCUUCGUAAUAAUGGACUAUUUAUGUGUAAGGUUAAAUAUAUAAAUAAGUGUUUCACGUUGGCGUGAUAACGUAAGUGUUUCUGAUCCA